AACAUGUCAGGCAAAAGGGCGAAGAUCAAGACCCCCAAGAAGCACCUUCAGUGCACUACAUCCAACAUGUUUGCCAUGUUUGAUCAGUCACAGAUAGGAGUUCAAAAGGCCUUCAACAUGAUUGAUCUGAACAGAGAUGGCUUCAUUGAUAAGGAAGAUUUGCAUGAUAUACUUACCUCCCUGGGAAAAAAUCCAACUCAUGAGUAUCUGGAUGCCAUGAUGAAUGAGGCUUCAGGUCCCACCAAGUUCACCAUGUACCUUACGAUGUUUGGGGAGAAGCUAAAUGGAACAGAUCCUGAAGAUGUCAACAGAAAUGCUUUUGCUCCCUUUGAUGUAGAAGCAACUGGCACCAUUCAAGAAGACUACCUGAGAGAGCUGCUGGAAACCAUGGAUGAUUGGUCUACAGGUGAGGAAGUGGAUGAGCUGUACAGAGAAGCACCUGUUGACAAAAAGGGGAAUCUCAAUAACAUUGACUUCAUGAGCAUCCUUCAACGUGGGGCAAAAGGCAAGGAUGACUGA